AUGUUUAGAAAGGGCUAUAUACCGCUGUUGAACGUCGAGACUUUCUCGCUCGGAGAUGGAAAAUAUGGGCUGAACUCAAGCAGACGGCGGCCAAUUUGGACACGCCUGUUAUUCUAUAUACUUUGCGUGGCCAUCCCUUUGCUUAUUAUUAUGUUCGGCGCCAGGGAAUUUCGAAUACAGUCUGAAAAAUCUCAACCGCGCUCCUGGAGGCUAGAUACUCAAAGGAACUAUACUAUGAACCGGGGCUAUUGGAAGAAGGAGAAUAAGAGCCAAGACAGGCAUUACUAUUUUAAUAUUACCAAAUUGGUUGAGGGGGGUCCUGACGGCGUCAUACGAAAUUUAACUGUAGUGAACGGUCAGUAUCCAGGACCGCUAAUAGAAGCCAACGCAGGGGAUACAUUAUGGAUCCACGUUAAUAAUCUGAUGAAAGAUGAGCCAGUUACGAUACACUGUCAUGGGUUGUUUUUUAACAACGAAGAUAAUUUCAACGACGGUGCGGCUGGCAUUAAUCAGUGUCCGAUACCAGCUGGAGACCAUUAUACCUACAAAAUUAAGAUUGAUGAGAAGCAGUGGGGCACCUACUGGUAUCAUUCGCAUUUUUCUACGCAAUAUGCGGAUGGACUUUUUGGGCCAUUGGUAAUACACUCUCGGGAAGAGGAUGAGGUCCUUGAGGAUUACGACGAAGAUAUGGUUGUCAUGGUUAAUGACUACUAUCACAAUGUUGCAUCGACAUAUUUGGAAAAUUAUAUGUCGCCUGAAAAUGAAAAUACAGAGCCUACGCCGAAUAAUGCAUUAAUACAGGGAAUUGGUACAUAUAACCAUGACUCUCCAAUGUAUAUGGCCCCGCAUGUUGAGCAGAGAGAUGAGGGUGAGCGUCAAGAAGCAAGCCCUAGCAUGCCUGUGAUAAAUUUGAAGCCUGGCCGUAAGUCUCGGUUGCGAUUGAUAAAUGCUGGGUUUUUCGCUCCAUUUGAAUUUUCGGUGGACCAACAUACGCUUAAUAUCAUCGAAGCCGACGGUACCAACACAGUGCCAAAAGAGGUGGAGUCAGUCGCACUUUCGGUAGGACAGCGGUAUUCCUUUAUACUUGACCGGAAAGAUACUGAGUUAGAUUCAUUCUGGAUCCGUGCGAGGUUUAACGAAUUCUGCUUUAAAGAAGAUGACAUAUCUUUUGAUACUGAAGUCCGAGCCAUAGUCAGCUACAGUGAGAAUAAAAAAUACAGGGCAGUAGAGAGCAAAGGUUGGGAAUAUAAGGGCCCUGAUCCCAAGUGCAGAGACUCUCAUCAAAGCCUAUUCAAAACUCUUAACGGUAAGGUGCCUCUAGGGAAAGAAAAUAAUCGAAGGCCUGACACACUUGUCAAGUUAAACAUAGCAUUUUUAACAAAAGAGCGCCAAUUGACAAGGGGUUAUUUCAACGAUGUUACAUACUAUCCACUUAAAACAAGCUGUUCACUAUAUGACCUUGCGUUUAUGCCUAACAAUAACACUCUCAGACUACUCGAUAGUGAGGAUAAAUUGGAAACAAAAAAUGAGAACCAAUAUUUAAUUAACCUUGACGAGCGUGGAGCAGUUGUGGAUUUAGUAUUGAAUAACUAUGAUGAUGGAGCUCAUCCUUUUCAUAUGCAUGGAUACAAAUUUUGGGUGCUAAAAGAGGGAGAAAAGGGCUACUUUAAUGAAGACUCUUAUGCUCUGGAUGCCAGUGACAUGGAUUUUGAUAAUCCUAUUUAUCGUGAUACAAUAAAUGUUAACGGAUUCGGUUACGCCGUGAUCCGAUUUGUGGCAAAUAACCCUGGCGUCUGGCCGUUUCAUUGUCACAUUGGCUGGCAUAUGGAAGCGGGUCUUCUCCUACAAAUGAACAUCCUACAAAGUGAAUAUUCCAAAUGGCAGCAUUUUCCCUUUGCGUGGAACAAUCACUGCCAAGCAACUAUAAAAAGCAACCAUUGA